UAAAAAUUCAAACUGUUAAAACAUAUUCUUUUCCGUCCCCAAAUUAUUUUCAGAAUUUAGUUUUUAUUUUAGUACAAAUUAUACUGAAAAAUAAAAAUUUAAAUGGACAAUAAUUUCGAGACCUAGAGUGUAUAAAUAAUCAUUUCGGAACCAAAUUAUCAUUGCUAAAGUCAAGUCAACGAUUACUUUAGUAAUUUUUUUUUGGGUUACUUGUGUAUUAUUAUUAUCAUUAUUACCAAUGCGAGACGCCUUAGGUAAUAAUAAUACGUAUACAAAUAUACAAUUCUACAAAUGAGAGUGAAAGAUUGUGAAGAGACUGGGCACUUCGGGCUUUGGGCUAUAUAUAUAAAGAUCACCGCAUUUAUAAUUUCGUCUCUGUCCCCUUCCUUCUCCCCUUCGACAUUACCGAAAUCAACACUGCUAAUUUCCGAUUUCAGGUAUGCCGUUUGCCGCCGUUACUCUGUACUUUCUUUAUCAGAAUUUUGGAAUUCUUUUGCCGGUGCUCUUGUUUUUUGCUGGAUAUAUAUAUAUUUUUUUCAUGCCUAUGUGAUGAAUAAAGUGUUUUAGUCUUUCAAAUUUUAUGUCAUAAUCGCAAGGUUUCUGUCAUCUGGAGAAAUUAUUCACAUGCUAAGUAGUUCUUUGAGUACUUGUUCUCUCACGGUAGCGGAUUUCUGUAAUUUUUCCUGUUCGAUAUCUGUUUCGCCUGAACAUGACAAAAUCUUGACGUUUAGUGUUCUUUUUUCCCCCUACUUCUUGAAACUUUUGAGCCUCUCUUAAUGAUAUGAAGAAAAAAUAUGUGUAGUUUUAUGCGGAUAUGGAAGCUGCUUGUUAAAUUGGAGAAGUCUUUGUGGCGGAAUUCUAAAUUUUAGUGCUGUCUCCUUACUGAUUGCAGAAGAUCAUGAAAUUUUGCGUGUCUAGGUUCGGAUAUGUCGGUUAGAGUUCUAUGAUGCUUUGGAAAGUUAGCAGCCAUAAUUCUGAGUUCUCUGGAUCAAAUGGGGAAUCUCUUUUGCUGUGUUCAAGUUGAUCAAUCAACAGUUGCUAUCAAAGAGAGAUUUGGAAAGUUUGACGAUGUGCUUCAGCCUGGAUGCCAUUUCCUCCCAUGGUGCUUAGGUAGUCAGAUUGCUGGCCAUCUAUCUCUUAGGUUGCAGCAACUGGAUGUGCGGUGCGAGACUAAAACUAAGGAUAACGUCUUUGUUAAUGUUGUGGCAUCGAUUCAGUAUCGUGCUCUGGCUGGCAAUGCCAGUGAUGCUUUCUAUAAGCUCAGCAAUACCAGGACCCAAAUCCAAGCCUAUGUCUUUGAUGUCAUCAGGGCAAGUGUUCCGAAGCUGAAUCUAGAUGAUGUUUUUGAGCAAAAGAAUGACAUUGCAAGAGCAGUUGAGGAAGAACUUGAAAAGGCCAUGUCUGCCUAUGGUUAUGAGAUCGUGCAAACCCUGAUUGUUGACAUUGAACCUGAUGAGCAUGUAAAACGUGCUAUGAAUGAAAUCAAUGCUGCUGCAAGAUUGAGGGUUGCAGCUAAUGAAAAAGCUGAAGCUGAGAAGAUCAUCCAGAUUAAACGUGCUGAAGGUGAUGCAGAAUCAAAGUACUUGGCUGGAUUAGGUAUUGCACGACAGAGGCAGGCAAUCGUGGAUGGUCUGCGUGACAGUGUGCUAGGUUUCUCUGUGAAUGUCCCUGGUACAACUGCCAAGGAUGUUUUAGACAUGGUGCUCAUCACUCAGUACUUCGAUACCAUGAAGGAGAUAGGUGCUACCUCCAAAUCUUCAGCUGUGUUCAUUCCCCAUGGUCCUGGUGCGGUUCGUGAUGUUGCUGAGCAGGUGCGUGAUGGACUGCUCCAAGCUUCAACUCAACAUCAAGCAUUGCUGUAAAGCAAAACUUGGGGAAGCUGUGUCAAUGCACUGCGGGUUUUAUAAUAACUGUGAAUCUGGUUUGUUUUUGUUGUCUAGUUAGAUCAGUCAACCCCUGAAAUUGCUAAUUUUCUCCUGUCCAUGUAGAACAAGAUUCUGGUGUGGUUAUGUACAAAAAAGUUUAUGUAAAAUGUGUUUCUAUUUAAUUCUAAUCGUCUUAUGGUUCCUUUUUUUGUGUGUUUUUCUUGAAGAGCCAGGUAGUUUUGAUUUUUGAUUUUUUUCAGUGCGGUAAAAAGAUAUGUCUUCGUAAUGUUUCCUUUUUAAAAACCAUUUCAAGCAAGAUCUUUAGUCACAGAUUGAUUAUGGACG